AUGUUUGAGUGGCUCUUCGGGAAAGGGUUCAACCCUGACAGCGACAUUCCUUCGCUGAAUGGCAAAGUUAUCCUCGUCACCGGAGGAAAUACCGGUCUUGGAAAGGAAACGGUACUUCAACUUGCCAAACAUGACCCGCACGAAAUAUUCCUAGCAGCACGAACGCCAUCGAAAGCAGAAGCGGCGAUUGAGGACAUUAAGAAGCAAGUCCCAAAUGGCAGGAUCACUUUCCUCCAGAUGGACUUGACAUCUCUUGCCUCGGUCAAGCAGGCAGCGGACGAGUUUAAAUCGAGAUCCAACAGGCUCGAUGUGCUCAUCAACAAUGCGGGUAUCAUGGCUGUGCCGUAUUCGAAAACGAAGGAUGGCUACGAGAUUCAGUUCGGCACGAACCAUGUCGGCCACGCUCUCCUGACCAAGCUCCUCCUCCCGACCCUCCUCAGGACAGCAGAACAGCCGAACGCAGAUGUUCGUGUAAUCAAUGUUAGCUCGGAAGGCCACAUGAUGGCACCAGGUAUCAUCUAUGAUCAAGACAAGUUGGAGAAAUACUUGACCUGGCAGCGCUAUGGUCAAUCGAAGCUUGCGAACAUUCUCCACGCACGAGAGCUCCAGAAGCGAUACCCAGCAAUCACUGCAACCAGUUUGCAUCCCGGUGUCAUCAUCACAGAUCUGUACGCAUCUCAGGAGAAGACGAAUCCAUUGAUGAGGGCUUUCCUGCCAAUUAUAAGGAAGUUCACUCUCGAUGUUCCCGGCGGCGCAAAGAACUCGCUGUGGGCAGCUACCGCGUCAAAGGACCAGGUCAGAUCUUCGCAUUACUGGAAGCCAGUGGGCCGCGAAAGCGGAGGCUCCUUUUGGUAUGCACAGAAGGAAGAUCUGGCAAAGCAACUGUGGGACUGGACAGAGGAGGAACUUGACACUCAGCUGAAGAAGAUGAACUAA